AUGGACUACAAGCCCUUUACCGCUUCUGGUUUGUUCUCUCCGGCCAAAGACAGGCCAAAAGAAGAAAACCCAGGCUGCGAAGAGAGCAAUAUUUCAUUGGAAUUGUCUCUUUCACUUGGUUAUUCCUCCACUGCUGCAACCGAUAAGGGAAAACAAGAAAUUUAUUACGAGGGAAAUUGUGAAGUUGGCGAGAGUCAUUAUAGCAAUGAUGAAUAUCAAAGAAAAGAAUACAAGAUGAACAACUUUGUAGAGAAGAAAAGCGAGGGCGUUUCAUUAGAAUUGUCUCUUUCAGGGGAUUAUAUUUGGGAAUCCAAAGAAAAGAGUCCUGCAACUGACAAAGGGAACCAGAAGAGCUUUGAAGCCAGUGAAUGUAGCAAUCAAUAUCAAAGGGAAGAACAUAAUCUGAACCACCUCCUGAAGCUGAAUGUUGGAGGUCCUUGUUUGCAACUGAACAUGGGUUUCGAUGACGCUUGCAGUUCCAAGAAGAGAGAAAGAAUGGAGAAUCCUAGCAGUACAAGAAUAGUUUCGUCCUGCAGAAACAAGAGAACUAAAAUUGAGAGAGAAGAAAGUUGUAAGGCCGUUGUGACUGAAUUGAGGCUUGGCCAUGAUCCUUGGUGCAUUAAAAAGCAGCUCUAUGAAAGUGACCUCGGCAACAUGUCUAGGCUCUUGUUGGCGUUGGAGUUGGUAGAAUCUCAUAUUUUUCCCUUCUGGAAUGCUGAUCAACUUAAGAAAAUUAAGCAAGGGUUGCCAGUUUCUGUGUGGGAUUGUGAUACAAAGACCGAACAUGAGAUGGUUUUCAAGCAAGGGAACAAGGGGGCCAAUGUGCUCAUCAAGAAUUGGGUCAAGGACUUUGUGAAGAGGAGGGAACUGAAGCUUGGUGAUGAAAUUGGCCUUUACUGGGACAGCUGCAGUUCAAGAUUAAAAUUUUCUGUUCUUAACCGAGCUGCAACACAUUAACUUCUUCAAGCUUUUUUUUUUUUUUUUGGCAAUGGU